AUGGAACCCGUACCAGAAAACCCCGAAGAAAUAGCAUCGCAGCUCAGGCGAGACCAACAACUUUGCCGCGAGAAUAAAAUCCCCAGUCACCUGACGCAGUAUCACACCACCUUUCCCCCGAGCCUGGCAUUACCUCGCUCAAUACGGGAACUGAGAUGCAAGAGCAUCAUCGAAGGCAUCAAAGCAUAUCUCACUCACCUAGAUCCUGAUGAGACUGAGAAUGGGUUCGGCGACUCGGACAACCUCAGGAGUGGGCAGACACACAUCCCCAAAACCGAAGAAUACACAUCAGCCCUGAGGGUCUUGAAGUAUCUCCAAACAAAUCCCACCGUUUCAGGGAUCACCCCUGCCUCUUCUCUCACAGAAGUUCUCGCUGCAGUCGAAACCCAGCUGGCAGCACCCAGUGAUCUGCGCAAUAAAAACCACAGAAGAGCGCAGCCCAGCGCCCCAGCCAAGCCCAAAAGAUGCUAUAUCUGCCGUCAGUGGUACUCGCCGCUGCAGGCUCAUGAGCUGUACCCGUCACUAUGCCAUCCCUGUGGCGCAUUCAAUCUGGGCUCCUCGGCGAUGUCGCGGCCCGCCAAGUUAAAGCUUGUGGGGAAAUACGCACUUGUCACCGGUGGGAGAAUCAACCUGGGCUACUGUACAGCCUUGAGAUUGCUCCGAUGCGGUGCGAGCGUGAUAGUCUCUUCGCGAUACCCUCGAGAUGCAGCAAUGCGGUAUUCGAGAGAGCCCGAUUUCAGCGAGUGGGAGCCGAGACUCAAGGUCGUUGGCGCAGACUUCCGAUCAGCCAAAGACGCCUUCCAGCUUGUCCAUACUGUCAUAUCGCUUUUGCGGUCUUGGAAUGGGGAGCCCGAGUCAGAUGAUAGCAAAUUGGACAUCCUGAUCAACAACGCCGCUCAGACCUUGACUGACCCCGUUGAAGCGGAAAAGAAGGCAAUCUCACGAGAGCAGGCGCUGCUCGGUCACCCUUCCGCUAAGAACAUCCCUGCGGACAAGCAUAGCUAUGUCUAUAGACUACGGGGUGGAAUCUCAGCAUCAUGGAUUCCAUGCAUCGAACCAGGCCCGCCCCAUCUGGAACUGGAAUCUGGGGCUGCCACCGAGAAAGGAAACGCCAUGGCCCAGAAAGGCCUGCACACAACAGCGGGGGUGCCGUCUGGGAAGUCCUCCUGGGUCCAAACCCUCAAUGAGAUUCCCUACGAAGACCUGAUCAGCGCGCACUCGGUCAACGCAUUCGUCCCUCUCAUCUUGUGCCGCGAACUGUUGCCUUUCAUGGGAUCAGAGCUUGAGGGAGCUCCCUCAAAGCCAGUGGGCUACAUCGUGAAUGUCUCGUCCCGCGAGGGGAUUCUCGAGAGCUAUGCCAAAUCGCGCAAUAAGGCUGGUGGUCACCAUGUGCACACUAAUAUGUCCAAAGCUGCGAUCAACAUGAUUACCGAGACCGAGGCGUCUAUGGCGUGGACAACGCGGCGGGUUGCGAUGAACUCGGUUGACCCUGGGUAUAUGAGUGCGGCACCGGAAUAUGUAAGGGACGAGGGGUGUCCGAUUGGAUUUGAAGAUGGUGCAGCCCGGGUGCUGUGGCCGGUUGUGGCUGGAGAAGUCGAGGGCCGUGUCAUCUCAGGUCGGUUUUUGAAGCAUUUCGAGGAGGGCGCGGCGGUUAUUCGGCGUGGUGAUUGA